CACAAAUGCACGUUAAACGUAUAAUAAAAUGAGUAAUUAAUUGGAAAACUACAUUAACUUUAUUCUUAAUACUGCAUACGACACUAAACAUAUUACUUCAACAAUUUAUUUACACGAUGCUACAUCGUUUGUGACAGGAAUAAGGAGCAACAAUACAAAAGUGGCACAAAGUUCUACAAAACGCUUUUAAGAUUCGGAUCAAACAAGAAGAUUGGAUGAGAGACAAUUCUACAGCAUAUGCUUCAUGCAUUGAAGUCAUAAGUGAGAUAAUCAUUAUCAUAAUUGUUAUACCAAGAUAAUUUUAUCAUCUUUAGUGUUAAUUACAAUGUAGUUUUAGAUUGAAGCUUUAUUGCUUUAUCCGUUAUUAUAACCUGCUCUUGAAAUAAUGCGAAAUAACGCGAUUAAUAGAAACGUAGCAUAUUAGGUGUAAAGGUUACAGUUUUCUACAUAGUUUGUAAAAUAUAAUGGAAAAUGUUCAAAGUAACAAACAAUACUUCCCGUUUAAACAUUGCAACAUACAUUUGCAUUCGUAAUAGCUGGCUGUUGAUUCAAUUUGUAAAACAUUAUAGGAUACGACACUCAACAAGGAAAUUCAACUUCACAACAUUCGUCGACUUAACUUCAAAUUACUAUGACAUUGUUAGACGAGUUUAAUAUUAGAUUCUAGGAUUGUGAUUUAAUUCAGGACUUCAGACAAUCAACUGGUACUUUAUAUUAAUCAACGAUUUAUCAGAUAAGAGUAUUACUAUUCUGAUGGCUGAAAGAUUGUUGAAUUUAUCCAAUAGGAGUGAAGUUAGAAUUAAGUGUUAUCAGACAAGAUUCUACUCCGAUCAAUUUCCAUGGAAGCACGUGAGCUAGUUAACGUCUUCAAUGACUUAAUCAAUGACAUUUUAUAAAUAUAUAUCAAUAUUUAAUAAUCAUACUGAUCCCUCUGACGACAAAGAAUUGAUACAUGUAUGCAAAUAAGGACAGACUUUGUCGAAAGAAAAUAUUGGAAACUUAUGAAGCCUUUGGAAAGCUUUGAAUAAGUAGUGCAGAACUUUAAGUCAAGCGAAAGAAAUAAAUGCACUUUCCAUUCUUAAAGAUGGAUACAAAUUUGACAAAAAAUUCAACAAAUAUUUAUACACAGAUCACAACACCUAAACUAGACCAAGGACCUUUAGUUGGAUUAAUAGUUCUAUAUUCCUUAACUACUCUACUUUCUCUGGUUGGCAACAUAUUUGUUGUGAUUGUUUUCAAAAAAGGUAAAAGGUCAAGGACUGAUUUGAGACCUUUCCUUAUUAACCUUGCACUUGCAGAUCUUUUGAUGGCUGCAUUUUGCAUGCCUUUCACCUUCGCAGACGCAAUUUUUCGUACAUGGAUAUUUUCUGAAGUGUUUUGUCCAUUAGUUCUUUUUAUCCAAAUGUUGUCGGUAGCGGCAAGUGUUUUCACAAAUAUGGCGAUAGGAAUAGAUAGAUUUCUUGUCGUCAUGUUCCCAUUAAAACAUCGGUUUACUCAAAAACGAUAUAAAUAUGUUAUUAUAUCAAUUUGGAUAUGUUCUACGUCAUUAGCGUCGGUACAAUUUUUCGUAGCACGAGCAAUCACUUAUGAACCGGGCUAUCUUGUUUGCCAAGAGGUCUGGCCAAAUACACAUUCUAGGCGCGUAUAUACCGUUAUACUUCUUUUGUUUACUUACAUUAUUCCUUUAUUCAUUCUGACAAUUACGUAUUCUGUAGUUGGAUUUUUACUGUGGAAAAGAACAACACCAGGAAACAGGGAUCAUUAUCGAGAUUUCUUGCAAUGGAAGUCAAAAAUAAAGGUCGUGAAGAUGCUAGUUAUAGUUGUUACCAUAUUUGGACUUUGUUGGCUUCCAUUACACGUCUUCACAUUAGUUAUAGAUUUUCAACCGGAAGUUCUGGAUUAUGACACAGAGGCAGACGAAAAACUUUUGUUAGGCAUCUACCUCGGGGUACAUUGGUUAGCGAUGUCUAACAGUUUUGCAAAUCCAAUAAUUUAUAGUUUUACCAAUGACAAUUUUAGGGCUGAUUUAUUUACAUUGUUUUACAUCUGGUUUCCAUGUUGCACGUGUCUGAAGACAAUGAUACGGCGUACAAAUAGCUCAUCUACUAAGGACAGUUUUAUUUUUCGGCGACAGAGUACGUUACGCCGAAGCAUGGGAAGUUUCGGCGGGUCACGGCGCCAAAUUUUAUUUGAUCAUAACCGACGAAACUUUGGGUCGUUUCAAAAUGGAACAAUUAGAGAAGAUUCUCGUGAAAAACAGGAAGAGAAUGAAAGACAGUUAUUACAAUUAGAAGAAAUUUUAGAAAAAGAAAUAACACAUGGAAUACAAAUUUGCUGUGAUCAGAAAUCGCGAAAUACUGAAACACGUAUUGUAAGACAAUCAAGUUGUAAAGAUAUGUUAUAAAAUCUUGAAUGUACUAGAAAUAUUUCAAUUUAAUUAAUUAUACAAAGUCAUGCACAGUAAAAAAAAAAACACCAACAUAUUUACUAUUCAAUAUUAAUAUUAUGAAAAUAAAGACGAUUUUGUUAUCUAUGGUUGCCAAUUAUAAGAUUUUUAUAACCUUGAAUGUAUAUAUAAGAUAUCCAUAAAGAAUUUUCUCUUCACCGUUUCAAAAUAACAAGCUUAUAAAAAGACUGCCAUAUUAAAUUGAUAUUGGAAAAAGUAGAAA